AUGGCGCUACCUACGGUCGCUCUUGCUGCUGUCCCGGCAAUUAUACUUCUUGCUGCCUGGUGUAGCCGUUCCUCGCAUCUUCCACCUGGGCCCGAACCACGGUUCUUCACAGGAAACGUACACCAAUUCCCGCGAUCCGAAGCAUGGAAGGUCUACGUUGAGUGGGCGAAACAGUACGGGCCCGUAUUCAUGUUACGCAUCUUCAACCAGAAGAUCGUGAUACUCAACUCGCAUGCUGCCGUGAUGGAUCUCCUGGAGGCGCGCUCGUCCAUCUAUUCGGACAGACCUGUCGUCUGGAUGUACAAGGUGCUCGUAGAUCGCCAGUGGGCUGUCUUCAACAUCUCCGAUCAUCACCCACGGUUCAAAACCUACCGCAAACUCCUGCAGUCCGCGCUCAACCCUAAAGUGAUCCAGGACUAUCGACCGCUGCAAAGUCGCGAAGCGCACACGAUGCUCCGACUGUUAUACGAACGUCCGGCCGAAUUCAUCUCCCACUUUCGGAGGAAUGCUGGCGCCGUGAUCCUCGAGAUCUCGUACGGUUGGACUGUGAACGGAGCCGACGACAAGUUCGUCAAAUUGAUCGAAGACGGAUUCAAAGUCCAGGCCGAGAUUGCGAGACCCGGUAGAUGGUUUGUGGACAUAUUCCCGUGGCUGCGCUUCGUACCCUCCUGGUUCCCCGGUGCUGGCUUCAAGCGCAAAGCGGAAGAAUAUAAGACUUACUUUCGCGAAGUCGACCGUGCUCCUCAUGACUGGGCGAUGGAACGUAUCAACUCCGGGACAUACAUAGACUCUUUUACGUCUCGCAACAUGCGACCCCAAGAUGCACCUCAACCGGAUGCGGAGAUGGAGGAUAUCAUUAAGUGGUGUAGCAGCGCUCUCUACGCUGGGGGUGCUGAUACUACGGUGGCUGCUACAACCACAUUUGUACUGUGUAUAGUACUCAACCAGGGGGUCCAAGUUCAAGCGCAAGCUGAGAUACAGCGUGUGGUUGGCCAUGAUCGACUCCCGACUUUGGAUGACCGCAAAAAUCUUCCGUAUGUGGAUGCAUUAACUAAGGAAGUCCUGCGCUGGGCACCCCCUGCGCCGUUAGGACUGCCACAUACUGCCUCUCAGGACGACCAUUACGGGGGGUUCUACAUACCCAAGCAGUCUAUGGUCUUCGCCAACGUCUGGGCUCUCAUGCACGAUGAGACUGUGUACCCCAACCCCUUCGCAUUCGAACCUGAGCGUUUCAUUCAGAAGGAGCCGCAGUAUGAUCCCACACGUUAUGUUUUCGGCUUUGGGCGCCGAGUUUGUCCAGGUUCUCACUUCGCAGAAGCGUCUCUAUUCCUCAAUAUCUCCAACAUCCUCUCUGCCUUCUCAAUUCUCCGACCUAUCGGUGAGGAUGGGAAGGAAUUCGAUCCUCCGGGGGACUAUACGUCCACCAUCACAUCCCACCCCAAACCCUUCCCCUGCCGAAUUGUACCGCGCCCACACACAGCCGCGCUCCUCGGACUGGAUGCAUGA